UCUCGUUUUUUUGGGGGGGUGGGGGGAUUAUUUGUUUUGCCUCAGCGAAGGAGAGCACUAUAAGGAUUUUUAUGAUGUGGUCUAAGAGGAAUUUGAGGUGUUUGGCUGGGUGUCUAGCUCUGCUUGGUGCUCUGGUGGGGAAUUUAUCCGGAGAGAUGCCCGGGAGAAGCCCGUUUCAGGUGGAGCGCAGCUCCCAAGCCGCCGAGAGCCGAGUGAGGAGACGCGGCAAGCAGGAGUCCCUCAGAGGGCCAAAUGUGUGUGGAUCUCGUUUGCACUCUUACUGCUGUCCAGGCUGGAAGACUUUGCCCGGGGGCAACCAGUGUAUCGUACCCAUAUGCCGUAACAGCUGUGGUGAAGGCUACUGUUCCAGGCCCAACAUGUGCACGUGCCCCACUGGUCAAAUUGCUCCUUCUUGCGCUGCCAAAUCAUCUCAGCAAUGUAGUAUCAGAUGUAUGAAUGGAGGUGUGUGUGAGGGGGAUCACUGCCAGUGUCAGAAGGGUUACACCGGAAACUACUGUGGGCAACCGGUGUGUGAGAAGAAGUGCCAGAAUGGUGGCCGUUGCAUCGGGCCUAACCGGUGUGCAUGUGUGUAUGGGUUCACGGGUCCACAGUGUGAGAGAGAUUACCGAACGGGUCCAUGCUUCUCCCAGGUCGUCAACAAGAUGUGCCAAAGCCAGGUGAGUGGCAUUGUGUGCACUAAGACAUUGUGCUGUGCCACCAUUGGCCGAGCCUGGGGUCACCCGUGUGAGGAGUGCCCUGCUCAACCACAGCCCUGCCGCAGAGGCUUCAUACCCAACAUCCGCACCGGAGCCUGCCAAGAUGUUGAUGAAUGCCAGGCGGUGCCAGGUUUGUGCCAAGGAGGGAACUGCGUUAACACAGUGGGCUCAUUUGAGUGCAAGUGUCCUGCUGGGCAUCGCCUGAAUGACGGCACAAAUAAGUGCGAGGAUGUGAACGAAUGCACGACCAUUCCACAUGUGUGUGAAGGAGGACAGUGCACCAACACAGUCGGCACUUUCUCCUGUGUAUGUCCAUCUGGAUUUGUGCUCUCUGCGGACAAGACUCGAUGCUUUGGCCAGCCCACAGGUGCCUGUUUUGCCGCUGUGUUGAACGGCCGAUGUGCUCAGGAGAUGUCUGGGCACCAAACUAAAGCACAAUGCUGUUGUGACAAAGGCCACUGCUGGGCCCGAGGGACAGUCCCAGAGAUAUGUCCUAGCCGCAGAUCUGACGAAUUCCAAAAGAUGUGUUUAGAGGGAGGCUAUCCAGAUGUGGAUCCUGGCUUUAGAGCGGACAGAGUUCCUCAGCAGCCCUAUGGACCUGAUGGCUUACCACAUUAUCCAACGAAUGGGAAUGGUCAUGUAUAUCCAGAGCUUCCGCAAAUCCCGCAAAUUCCGCACAUCCCUCAAAUCCCCCAAAUCCCUCAUAUUCCCAUUAAUGGACAUGGCAAUGGCAAUGGCAAUGGACAAAGACCACAAGGACCUGUUGUUAGUUUAAAUCAGACGACAAACAAAUGUCUGCUGAUGCCUAACUUAUGUCUUAAUGGCCACUGUAUCCCAGUGGGGUUUGGUCACCGUUGUGAGUGUAAUAUCGGCUACCAAGUGGACGGUCAAAUGGAGUGCUCAGAUAUAGAUGAAUGUGCUUCUGACCCGUGCACCAACGGAGACUGUGUGAACACUGCUGGCUCUUACUAUUGCAAGUGUCAUGCAGGCUUUCACAGGCCUCCAGGCAAGCAGGCCUGCUUCGACACUGACGAAUGCCUGCAUAACGGCGUGCUUUGUCAGAAUGGCCGCUGUCUGAACAUGGCAGGUAGUUUCCGGUGCAUCUGCAAUGCAGGCUUCCAGCUAACACCCGAUGGCAGGAACUGUAUGGACCAUGAUGAAUGUUCCAUAACAAACAUGUGUUUGAACGGCAUGUGCAUCAAUGAAGAUGGCAGCUUUAAGUGUGUGUGCAAACCUGGUUUCACACUUGCCUCAAGCGGUCGCUAUUGCACAGAUAUUGAUGAGUGCUUGACCCCUGGUAUCUGCAUAAAUGGGCGGUGUAUAAACACAGAAGGUUCUUACAGGUGUGAGUGCUUGGCAGGACUGGCUGUUGGACCCGACGGACGCUCGUGUGUGGACACACAUAUGCGCAGCACCUGCUAUGGAGCUAUUAAAAAGGGUGUGUGUGUUCACCCUUUCCAUGGAGCAGUCACUAAAUCAGUGUGCUGCUGUGCUAGCACAGAUUAUAGCUUUGGGGAGCCCUGCCAACCGUGCCCUGCACUGAAUUCAGCGGAAUUCAAUGCUUUGUGUCAAAGUGGGAUUGGAUUUUCAGUUGAUGGAACAGACAUUAACGAGUGUGCUCUGGAUCCCGAUAUCUGCUCUAAUGGAGUGUGCGAGAAUCUUAGAGGAAGCUACCGCUGUAUCUGCAACACAGGAUACGAGACUGACCAGAGCGGCCGGGCCUGUUUUGAUGUUGACGAAUGCCUGGUGAACAGACUGCUCUGUGAUAAUGGAUUGUGCAGGAACGUUCCUGGUAGCUACACCUGUACAUGUCCCCCGGGUUAUGACUUCAGACAGGACACAGAUACAUGCGAAGACCUGAAUGAAUGCGAGAGCAGUCCAUGUAUAAACGGAGUGUGUAAGAACAAUGCAGGCUCUUUCUCAUGUGUAUGCUCUCCUGGUAGCGUACUUGAUCGGACCGGCUUAAUUUGCAUCGACUCCCUGAAGGCGACAUGCUGGAUGAACAUCCAAGAAGGCCGCUGUGAGAUGAAUAUAAAUGGUGCCACUUUGAGAUCUGAGUGCUGUGCCACGCUGGGAGCUGCAUGGGGAAGUCCGUGUGAGCCCUGUGAGAGGGAUCUUGUCUGUCAAAGAGGCUUCACACGACCAAAAGGGACAAUUUGUGAAGAUGUUAAUGAAUGUGAGGUGUUUCCCGGUGUUUGUCUGAAUGGACGGUGUGUAAACACACAAGGGUCCUUUAAGUGCCAAUGUCCGGAAGGACUGACACUGGAUGGCACUGGACGCCUCUGUAUCGACGUUCGCUCAGAGCUUUGCUACCUGACCUAUGAGGAGGACAUGUGUGGUCAGCCGGUGCCUGGAAGAUUCAGGAUGGAUGUGUGCUGCUGCACAGUUGGAGCUGCCUGGGGAAAGGAGUGUGAUGCAUGCCCUGAGCCUGGCACACGCGAUUAUGAAGUGCUAUGUCCCAGAGGACCUGGCUUUGCCAACCGUGGAGAUAUAAUUACAGGCAGACAUAUGUAUAAAGACAUUAACGAAUGUAAAGUGUUUCCAAGUAUUUGCACACACGGAACAUGCCGGAACACGAUCGGGAGCUUCAGAUGUCGCUGUAAUAGCGGGUUCACCCUGGACAUGGAUGGACGCAACUGCACAGACAUCGAGGAGUGUCAGAUCUCCCCUGAUCUGUGUGGACACGGGACGUGUGUGAACACUCCAGGCAGUUUCGAGUGCGACUGCUCGCCAGGUUAUGAGAGUGGCUUCAUGAUGAUGAAGAACUGCAUGGAUAUUGACGAGUGUGAACGGAAUCCUGCGUUGUGUCGCGGAGGCUCCUGUGAGAACACAGAAGGUAGUUAUCAGUGUGUGUGUCCACCUGGCCAUCAGUUAUCUGAGGAUGAGGAAGCUUGUGAAGAUGUGAACGAGUGUGAACUAAGUGCCACCCUGUGCCCCAAUGGGGAGUGUGUGAAUGUGGCUGGCACGUACCACUGCACCUGUUUUUCUGGCUAUCAGUCAAUCCCAGACGGAAAAGGGUGCACAGACAUAGAUGAGUGCACCAUUGAGAAUGGAGGCUGUGACUUCCACUGCACUAAUUCAGAAGGCAGUUACACCUGCAGCUGUGGUCAGGGUUAUGCCCUAAUGCCCGAUCAGAGAACCUGUACAGAUGUGGAUGAAUGCGAAGAAGAGCCUGAUAUAUGUGAUGGUGGUCAGUGCAUUAAUGUUCCUGGAGAGUACCACUGCGAUUGUUUUGAUGGAUUCGUAUCGUCCAUGAUCACAAAAACCUGUAUAGAUGUGAACGAGUGUGAGCUUAAUGCCAACAUCUGCAUGUUUGGAGAGUGCGAAAACUCCAAGGGCUCAUUCAUCUGCCACUGUGAGGUUGGCUACUCUGUGAAGAAGGGUUCUUCAGGCUGCACAGAUUUUGAUGAAUGUAUGAUGAAUGCCCACAACUGUGCAAUACACGCAACCUGUGUCAACACCCCCGGAAGCUUCCAGUGCUCCUGUAAAAAGGGAUGGGUAGGCAAUGGAGUAGACUGUGUUGAUGUGGAUGAAUGCACCAAUCAGACCCACAUGUGCAGUCCUCACGCUGAGUGCACGAAUACUCCCGGCUCUUACCGCUGUGCCUGCUCAGAGGGGUUUAAUGGUGACGGCUUUACCUGCUUAGACGUAGAUGAGUGCACAGAGAAUUCUGAGCUAUGUGAGAACGGCCAGUGUCUAAAUAUACCAGGAGGCUAUCGCUGUGACUGUGAGAUGGGCUUUACCCCAACCCCUGACAACAGAGCUUGCCAAGAUAUCGACGAGUGCUCCUUUCAGCAACUCUGUGUGUUUGGUACAUGUAAAAACCUCCCUGGCUUGUUCCUCUGUGUCUGUGAUGAAGGUUAUGAGUUGGACCGAUCAGGGGGGAACUGCACGGAUGUUGAUGAAUGCUUGGACCCUAUAAACUGUGUCAAUGGACACUGUGUCAACACACCAGGCUCUUAUGAAUGUAACUGCCCUACAGACUACGAACUUAACCCAACUGGAGUUGGUUGUGUUGACCCACGUGUAGGAACCUGUUUCCUGGAGGUGGUUAACCAUGGGCGUGCUGGACUGGCCUGUAGUGUAGAGGUUGGGGUCGGGGUCAGUCGCUCAUCCUGUUGCUGCUCCAAGGGCAGAGCCUGGGGAAACCCCUGUGAAUUUUGCCCUCCUGUCAACUCCUCGGACUAUAACAUACUGUGUCCAGGAGGAGAGGGAUUCAGACCCAACCUUAUUACUAUUAUACUGGAGGACAUUGACGAGUGUCAGGAGCUUCCUGGUCUGUGCCAGGGUGGAAACUGUAUCAACACCUUCGGCAGCUUCCAGUGUGACUGUCCGAGUGGCUACUACCUCAAUGCAGACAGCCAUAUUUGUGAAGAUAUUGAUGAGUGUUUGGUGAAUCCCGGGAUCUGUGGUCCAGGAACAUGCUAUAACACCCUGGGCAAUUACACUUGUGUGUGUCCUCAGGAUUACAUGCAGGUCAAUGGAGGCAAUAAGUGCCUGGACAUGAGGAAAAGUCUUUGCUUUCGCAACUACAAUGGCACCACAUGUGAGAAUGAGCUGGCCUUCAACAUUACACACCGCAUCUGUUGUUGUGGAUACAACAUGGGCAAAGCCUGGAGCAAACCCUGUCAGGCAUGUCCCAUACCAGGCACUGAGGGCUUUCAUAUUCUUUGUGGGAACAUUGUACCAGGGUUUGAAAUUAGCAUUGAAACUGGAAAACCAGUGGAUAUUGACGAGUGUCAGCAGAUCCCAGGGAUAUGUGCCAAUGGUGUGUGCAUCAACCAUAUUGGAAGUUUUCACUGUGAAUGUCCAAGAGGAUUCAACUACAAUGAUCUGCUGCUUAUAUGCGAAGACAACGAUGAGUGCAGUGGGUCAGAGAUCUUGUGCCAGAGGAAUGCAGACUGUAUUAACAGCCCUGGCAGCUAUCGCUGUGAAUGCUCGGAGGGCUUCAAGCUCUCACCCGUCGGCGCCUGUAUAGACCGAAAUGAGUGUUUGGAAACCCCUAACCUUUGCAGUCAUGGCAAGUGUGUGGACAUCCAAGGUGGCUAUAUGUGUACAUGCCAUGCUGGCUUCAUGGCCUCCCCCAGUGGAAAGAUGUGCAUGGACAUUGAUGAGUGUGUACAUCAGCCCUGUAGGAAUGGCACAUGUAAGAACACUGUGGGAUCCUACAACUGCCUCUGCCAUCCUGGCUUUGAGCUCACUCUAAAUAACCAGUGCACAGAUAUCGAUGAAUGUUCAUCAGCAUAUGGUCAGCUUUGUAGGAAUGGCCAUUGCAUUAACAGUAUUGGCUCCUUCCAGUGCCUGUGUGAGGAUGGCUAUGAUCUCACUCAGGAUGGGAAAAACUGUGUUGAUGUGAAUGAGUGUAUAAUGCUACCUGGCAUAUGUGCUCCUGGAACAUGCCAGAACUUGGAUGGGUCUUUUCGCUGUAUCUGUCCACCUGGUUACAUUAUACAGAAUAAUCAAUGUGUAGAUGAGAAUGAGUGUGAAGAGGACCCCAACAUCUGUCUGUUUGGCUCCUGCUACAACAACCCAGGCAGCUUUGAGUGUGUGUGCAAACCAGGCUUUGUUCUCUCCGAAAAUGGACGACGCUGUUACGACACAAGACAGAGUUUUUGCUUCACUCGCUUUGAGAAUGGAAAAUGCUCCAACCCUCAGGCAUUCAACACCACCAAAGACAAAUGCUGCUGUAGCACCAUGUCCAAUGAGGGCUGGGGCUACCCCUGUGAGCUCUGCCCUAAAGAGCAUGACGCUGGAUUUCAGGACCUGUGUCCUUUUGGUUAUGGAAUCAUUCCAGGAAUUGGGGAUACAAUCAUUGAUCUGAACGAAUGUGUGGAGAACCCAGGCAUCUGUCACAAUGGCCACUGCAUCAACACCGAUGGCUCUUUCCGCUGCGAGUGUUCCACAGGCUACACACUCAAUUACACUGGAAUGCAUUGUAUUGAUGUCGAUGAGUGUGCAGUGGGGAAUCCAUGUGGAAACGGAUCUUGCGCUAAUGUGAUAGGAAGCUUUGAAUGCAACUGUGAGGAAGGGUUUGAGCCAGGGCCAAUGAUGACAUGUGAAGAUAUAAAUGAAUGUGCGCAGAACCCUUUGCUCUGUGCGUUCCGCUGCAUCAAUACAUUUGGGGGAUACGAGUGCUCCUGCCCAUCUGGCUACACACUCCGAGAUGAUGGGAGAAUGUGUCAGGACCUGAAUGAGUGUGCAGAGGGUCUACAUGACUGUGAUGCCAGGGGUAUGAACUGUAAGAACCUCAUCGGAACCUUCAUGUGCGUGUGUCCCAUUGGAAUGGUGCGCAAGAUGGAUGAAGAAGUGUGUCAUGAUGAGAACGAGUGCCGCACUAAGCCAGGUAUUUGUGAGAAUGGCCGCUGUGUGAACACUUUAGGCAGCUACAUGUGUGAGUGUGGAGAAGGCUUCCAGUCUGAUUCUACACACACUCAAUGCCUUGACUACAGACUAGGAUUCUGUUUCACUGAGGUGUUGCAGACCAUGUGCCAGAUGUCCUCCAGCAGCAGAAUACCCAGCACCAAAUCCCAGUGCUGCUGCGACCGUGGACGUGGCUGGGGGAACCAGUGCGAGCUCUGUCCUCUGCCAGGCACUGUCAAAUACAAGAAACUGUGUCCACACGGGCCCGGCUAUGCCACAGAUGGCACAGAUAUAGAUGAAUGUAAGGUCAUACCAGACGUGUGUAAGAAUGGCCAGUGUGUCAAUACUGUGGGUUCCUUUAAGUGUCACUGCAGUCCAGGCUACACGGUCACCAUAACAGGCACUGCUUGUGUUGAUUUGGAUGAGUGUCUAAUGUCCCCAAAGCCAUGCAACUUCAUCUGCAAGAACACAGAGGGCAGCUACAUGUGCUCCUGUCCACGUGGCUAUAUCUUGCAAGAGGAUGGCAGAACAUGUAAAGAUUUGGACGAAUGCCAGUUGAAGAGGCACAAUUGCCAGUUUAUGUGUAUUAACACCAUCGGUGGAUUCGCUUGCAAAUGUCCUCCAGGCUUUACACAACACCACACUGCCUGUAUGGAUAAUAAUGAGUGUGCUGCAGAGCCUAGUCUGUGUGGAGCUAAGGGCGUCUGCCAGAACUCACCAGGCAGCUUUAGCUGUGAAUGCCAGCAAGGAUUCAGUCUGGACUCCACAGGCCUCCACUGUCAAGAUAUUGAUGAGUGUAAAAGCAGCCAUAGAUGUCAGUAUGGUUGUGACAACAUGUUAGGGGGGUACCGCUGCAGUUGCCCCCAAGGCUACACCCAGCACUACCAGUGGAAUCAGUGUGUUGAUGAGAACGAGUGCUCCACUCCUGGCACCUGUGGCACUGCGUCAUGUUACAACACACUGGGCAGCUUCAAGUGUGGUUGUCCUCCUGGAUUCAACUUCGAGCAGCUCUCCAGCAGCUGCCAGGAUGUGGAUGAAUGUACCUCCUUCAAAAACCCCUGCAGCUAUGGUUGCUCCAACACCCAAGGAGGCUACAAAUGUGGCUGUCCUCCUGGAUACUAUAGGGUUGGCCAAGGGCACUGUGUCUCAGGCCUGGGCUUUGGGAAGGGUCAGCUGGCAUCUGUCAGUGCUGCUGGAGUGGCAGAGGAAAACAGCCUCUCUCCUGAAGGCUGCAAUGAUUGCAAGGUCAACAGUCCACAUAAGAGAGGAAUCAGGAAGAGACACACCGUCCAUCAAACAGAGCCAGAGGAGCCUGUGAAGGACGUUCCAGUCAGCCUGGACAGUGUGGACAUGGAGCAGCCCCUGCUACUGGUACUCAACAUAUCCCAUUGCACCCACAAAGACCAUAUCCUUGAGCUGGUGCCUGCCCUCAGGCCUCUCAUUCAUCACGUCACUUAUAACAUCACAGAGGGAAAUCAGGACAAGAUCUUCCAACUGCGGCAGCAUGAGGAGCUCAGCUACCUGCACUGCAUGCCUGAGAAAGCUUUUCCAGGGUUUUAUAUUUUGAAGAUCAGCAGUUCUCCAGUCUAUGAUCACUCAGAGCUGCAGCAGUUAGGGAACAACAGGGACAGAGACUACCUCUCAGGUGAGCUAGGACAGAAGCUGCACAUGAAGCUGCACAUUACACUGCAGUAAAGUAACACUGCCUCUCUCACAUACCAAAGAAAACAGCAGCUCUCAUUUGGAAGGAGAACACCAUCAGUAGGCUUGAUAUCAGCACGCCUGUGGUCUUAUAAGGGUAUUUCAUGGUGCUUUUUUAUAAUAUAGAAAUAUAAAUGUGCUUUAUUUACGGGUCACAUCUUCCCUAAAGAGCCAAACUUACUCAUCAUUCCUGUGCAGCUUCAAUUCACCAUUUAACAUCAGUUUAAAGCACUUCUUUACAAAUGGCUGUAUUCCUUUUUAAAUUGUGAGUUAUGGAUAUAUAAUGUUUAUUAAGGUAAUAUAAUCCAUAAAAAUGAGUCUUGACUUGCCGAGUUGUAUGCCUUUGACACUCCUAUGCAAAGUGUACAUUGAUUAAUGUAUAUAUUAUUAUAGUUAACUUUUUUUUUUUUAAAUGAAACUGGCUUUAUAUUUAUUAUUAUUGUUUAUGUUUUGAUAUUGGCUAAAAAAACGUAUGAUAUGAGUGCAAAAUUGCUGAUGAACAUUAUUCCAAAAACAACAAAAAAACAAGAAUAUUUUGUUUAUACACAAUGCCAUGUUCAAAGAUAAGUUUAUAUAUUGUUUUCAGAUAUUGUGUUCACUUUCAAGUUUAAUAUAAAGACCAGCAACAUGGGGAACACAAGCUAUAUUUCCCUCAAACUGUGUGUUUACAUUCCAUCAUUUUCUCAGUCACUUUUUCAGUUUUCUGUCACUUAAAAAUAACUCGAGAUACUGUACGACAUUUGAAAGAGGAAAUAAUGAAAUCUCAUUAACUUUGUAAAUGGCAAGGCUGUUGGCUAUUACUGCUCUCAAAAAUAUAUUUAUAUUUUCAGCCCCUUAUAUUAUAUAAUAUAUUAUAUUUUCGGCCCCUUAGUUCCAGUGAAAGGAACUCUUAAUGCUUCAGCUUCAUACCAAGACAUUUUGGACAAUUUCAUGCUCCCAACAGUCUCCACUCUAAUUCAUCCCAAAGGUGUUCUAUGGGGUUGAGGUCAGGACUCUGUGCAGGCCAGUCAAGUUCCUCCACACCAAACUCACUCAUCCAUGUCUUUAUGGACCUUGCUUUGGUCACUGGUGUGCAGUCAUGUUGGAACAGGAAGGGGUCAUCCCCAAACUGUUCCCACA